AUGUAACGUGAAAGACCAGGAUACAUAGCAAUCAGUCAACGAUAGAAAAAGGGACUCCCAGGUACUUCAUGCCAGAACCGCCCAUUGGAAGGCUGAGGCUGGGGCGGUUCCCUUUCCACUUGACGCCGCCUGAAGCCAUUACUGCCCCUGGUUUUCCGCAAUGCUGAUGAAUUAGAAUCCAAGGAACUUCCAAUCAGAAAUAUAAUAACAACAUAGAGUUGAAUUCCAACCUCUUUGCCCCGUGCCUAUAUAUACUGCACCAAGUUGCGCAUCUUAGCCAUCCCGAACGAGAGAAAGCAGAGAUGGAAAUUCCUGUCAUUGACUUCAAGAAGAUUGAGGGGGAGAGCAGGAAGGAAACCUUGUCCCUUCUGCACCAAGCUUGUGAGAAAUGGGGCUUCUUUAUGAUUGAGAACCAUAGCAUUGAUGUAGAGUUGAUGGUGAAAGUGAAGGCAUUGGUGAACCAACACUAUGAACAGAACAUGAAGGGCAGGUUUUAUAACUCGGAUGUGGUAAAGAGCUUGGUGGAUAAAGAAAUUACGAGAAAUGUUGACUGGGAAAGUGCCUUCUUCAUCUGGCAUCGACCAGUGUCCAACAUCAACCAGUUUGCAAAUCUCCCGAUGGACUUUCAGAAAACAAUGGACGAGUACAUUGAUCAACUGAUCAAGCUAGCUGAAACCUUCUCAGAACUCAUGUCUGAGAAUCUUGGUUUAGAGAAAAGCUUCAUAAAGCAAGCAUUUUCAGGGAGCAAAGGUCCCUCCGUGGGAACUAAGGUUGCAAAAUACCCUCGUUGUCCGCGUCCGGAGCAGGUGAGAGGGCUUCGAGAACACACGGAUGCUGGUGGCAUCAUUCUCCUACUCCAAGAUGAUGAAGUCCCUGGUCUAGAGUUCUUCAAAGAUGGAGAGUGGGUGGAGAUCCCGCCAUCAAAGAACAACAGAAUCUUUGUUAACACGGGUGACCAACUGGAAGUGCUGAGUAAUGGCAUAUACAAGAGUGCUUUGCAUCGUGUAAUGACUGACAAGAAUGGAAGCAGACUCUCCAUUGCUACCUUCUACAACCCUGCUGGUGAUGCCAUAAUUUCGCCAGCAUCCAAGCUCUUGUAUCCCGGAGGUUUCUCCUUUCAAGAAUAUCUGAAAAUUUAUGCUGAAACUAAGUUUGCUGACAAGGCUCCCAGACUCGAGUCCAUGAAGAAACUGACAAAUGGUCCACGAGAUCUUCUCAUGUAACAGAACGAAUCAUACAUAACUCUUGUUUUAUUUCCUUGCAAUAUUCUGCCUGUGUUUUCGUAUUCAGAGUUGCCACCAGCCGUUUGGGGUAAAAGUUCAAGAGAAGCCAAUGUGUAUCGCUUCCGGUACUUUGCUCAAAGAUGGUGACUGACUGUCUCAGCUUUUCCAAAAGUCCUGUUUUAUUUCCUUGCAAUCUGAUUGUGCUUCCAGUACUUUGCCCAAAGGUGGUGACUGUUUCAGCUUUUCCAAUAAAUGAAGAUUUAUUAUA